AUGCAGAAAAGCUUCGAACAGGCCUUGGAAUCCCUUACCACUCCUGUUUCCUGCGUAAUUUCUGACGGGUUUCUCGGGUGGACUCUAAAAUCUGCUAAAAAAUUUGGUGUUCCGAGGUUUGUUUUCUUCGGGACGGGCAAUUUUUCAUUUACUAUGUACCAGAUCUUAGGCACGGAAAGGCCUCAUGCAGGCACGAAUUUGCUGGAUGAGCCCUUUCCCAUGCCUGAUUUUCCAGGGCUGAAGCUGACAAGAAAUGACUUCGACCCACCGUAUAAUGAUAUGGAGCCGUCGGGCCCGUAUGUGGAGUUCCUGGCGGAGCAGAUGGCUGCGGCGGCGAUGAGCGACGGGAUAAUCGUGAACAGCUUCUACGAGUUGGAACAAUGUUACGCUGAUUAUUGGAACAAUAAAUAUCGCCCAAAAGCUCUUUGUGUUGGCCCACUCUGCAUGGCGGCGUCGCCGCCGUCACAGGCCCUGGCAAAUCCAAGUUAUACACAAUUCCUGGACGAAAAUUUGGCUGCUGGUGAACCUGUUUUGUACGUUGCUUUUGGGACUCAAGCAGAAGUGUCAGCGGAGCAAUUGCAAGAAAUCGCAGCGGGAUUGGAACAAUCUCAGGUGAGUUUCUUGUGGACUUUGAAGCCCAAAGGGUUGGGAUUCUUGCAGAAAUUUGAAGAGAGGGUGAAUAGUAGAGGAAUCGUGGUGAAAGACUGGGUUGAUCAGCAACAAAUCCUCCGCCACGAGGGAGUAAAAGGGUUUCUGAGCCACUGCGGAUGGAACUCAGUGAUGGAGAGCAUCUUCGCCGGCGUUCCCAUUCUUGCUUUGCCUUUCAUGGCGGAGCAGCAUAUGAAUGCAAGAUUUGUGGCAGAGGAAGCUGGCGUGGGGCUGAGGAUCGUGCCGAGGAGCGGAUCCGUCCGGGGAUUUGUGGCUGCGGAGGAGGUGGAGAGAAAGGUGAGAGAGCUGAUGAUGGGCGUUGAGAAGGGAGCGGAGGUGCGGAAGAAGGUGGCGGAGUACCGCGACGCUGCGUGCGACGCCGUGAAAGAAGGCGGUUCAUCCACUCGCACGUUGGAUAUGCUGAUUGAUGAGGUUGCCCGGAAAAGACAGACAUUUUCCUCUGGCGGGCGUGCAGUGUGUUGUCCUGACGGGCAACGUUUGGACUCUGAUCACAAUAGGCAACAGGCAUAGUUUUAGACUAGAAAG